AUGAGGGAUAGACCGAGUCUUCAAGUGCAUCUAUCUAGAUUGAGGAACCUCCCUCAAGAGACAUUGAAACGGUAUCAUGCAUUAAGUAAGAGGAAUAAGGUGAUGGUCUUACUUCAUGUGGUUAUGCUAGCGGCGGUGAUCAUCAUCACUCCAUCGAGAAUAGGAAGAUGGUUUAAUAGUGUAGCUCUAUCGAUACAGAGUCUAGGCCCUUGGGGAAUGUUGGUAUGUGCGGCCAUGGUCGUGCUCUCAUCCCAUCCCCCAUUGUUCGGCUUCGCAGCAUCCAUGACUCUCAUUGGUUUCAUAUACGGUAUUCAUCCCGGUUUUCUCCUAGCCUGUGCAUCAUCAAUGACAGGAGGUGCCAUCUCUUUCCUCUCUGUCAGACGUUUCUUUCACGGAAUUAUCAAGCCUAAUGAGAAAUGGGAAGCAUUCGGACAUGUUAUGAAAGCCAAAGGGUUGCCGUUGGUCAUUAUGAUUCGAUAUUGUCCUUUACCUUGGGCAGUGGGAAACGGAUUGUUUGCUUCUAUCGAAAGUGUCAAAUUCUGGCAUCUCAUGGUCGCCAACUUAGCCAUGCAACCCCGUCUUCUAAUUCCAGUCUUUAUAGGCUCCCGUCUUUCCUCCUUAUCAGGCGAAGAACCAACUCAUGACCCACUUCGUUUCUGGCUCAAUCUCAUCUCCAUAGGUCUAUCCGGUUGUUUCUCCGUCGGAACAGGCGUUUGGAUUUAUCGUCUGACCCUCGACCAAAUGCGCAAGUUGGAUCAAGGUUUACCAGGAGAAGGAGAAUUGGCAGCUGAGGCUUUGGAAGAAGGUAGGUUAUUGGAUGAUUAUAGUGAAGAGGAAGAAGGGGAAGAUUUGGUAUUGAGAGAAGGGAGGUUGAAGAGGAAAUCUUCCGGAACGGAUCAGGGCUCAGUCACGAGCAAUGGUGGCGGGGGUGGAAUAGGAGGUUUGGGAGGUUCUUUACAACGUCGAACUUCAGGAAGUGUACCAGUCUCACCGAAUAUGUAA